GUCGAAUGCGCAAGGGCCCUGCUCUUCGGAGGCGCCCCAUCCCUGUUAACUGUCACCGCUGCUCCUCCCGCUACCACCGCCCCCACUUUAUAGAUGGGGAGCGGGGGGCAGCAUUCAUCCUGCGGGGCCAAGGUCACGCCUGCCGCUCGGGGGUUUGAUCGAGGUGGCCUUCCCUUAUGAAACACUACAGCCCCACCGACUACGUCAAUUGGUUGGAAGAGUAUAAAGUUCGGCAGAAAGCUGGGUUAGAGGCCCGGAAGAUUGUAGCCUCCUUCUCCAAGAGGUUCUUUUCCGAGCACGUCCCUUGUAACGGUUUUAGUGACAUUGAGAAUCUCGAGGGGCCAGAGAUAUUUUUUGAGGAUGAACUGGUGUGUAUCCUAAAUAUGGAAGGAAGGAAAGCUUUGACCUGGAAGUACUACGCCAAAAAAAUCCUUUACUACCUACGACAACAGAAAAUUUUAAAUAAUCUUAAGGCUUUUCUUCAGCAUUCGGAUGACUAUGAAUCGUAUCUCGAAGGUGCUGUGUUUAUCGACCAGUACUGCAAUCCUCUCUCCGAAAUCAGCCUCGGAGACAUCCAGGCCCAGAUCGGCAGCAUCGUGGAGCUCGUGCGCAAGAGCCUGCGUGGCAUCAACAGCCGCCACCCCAGUUUGGCCUUCAAGGCAGGUGAGUCCUCCAUGGUGAUGGAGCUAGAGCUCCAGAGCCAGGUGCUGGAUGCCAUGAACUAUGUCCUGUAUGACCAGCUGAAGUUCAAGGGGAACCGCAUGGACUACUAUAACGCCCUCAACUUAUAUAUGCACCAGGUUCUGAUCCGCAGAACAGGGAUCCCAAUCAGCAUGUCUCUGCUCUACAUGACCAUUGCCCGGCAGUUGGGGGUCCCUCUGGAACCUGUCAACUUCCCAAGUCACUUCUUACUGAGGUGGUGCCAAGGCGCGGAAGGGGCCAACCUGGACAUCUUCGACUACAUCUACAUUGAUGCUUUUGGGAAAGGCAGGCAGCUGACGGUGAAGGAGUGUGAAUACUUGAUCGGCCAGCACGUGACUGCAGCGCUGUAUGGGGUGGUCAACGUGAAGAAGGUGCUGCAGCGAAUGGUGGGGAACCUUUUGAGCCUGGGAAAGCGGGAAGGCAUCGACCAGUCGUACCAGCUCCUGCGAGACUCACUGGACCUGUACCUGGCGAUGUACCCCGACCAGGUGCAGCUCCUCCUCCUCCAAGCCAGGCUCUACUUCCACCUGGGGAUCUGGCCAGAGAAGUCUUUCUGUCUUGUCUUGAAGGUGCUUGACAUCCUCCAGCACAUUCAGACCCUGGACCCCGGGCAGCACGGGGCCGUGGGUUACCUGGUGCAGCACACACUAGAGCACAUUGAGCGCAAGAAGGAGGACGUGGGCGUGGAGGUGAAGCUCCGUUCCCACGAGAAGCACAGGGAUGUCUGCUACUCCAUUGGGCUCAUUAUGAAGCAUAAGAGGUAUGGCUAUAACUGUGUCAUCUACGGCUGGGACCCCACCUGCAUGAUGGGACACGAGUGGAUUCGAAACAUGAACGUCCACAGCCUGCCUCACGGCCAUCACCAGCCUUUCUACAAUGUUCUGGUGGAGGAUGGUUCUUGCCGCUAUGCAGCCCAAGAAAACUUGGAAUAUAAUGUGGAGCCUCAAGAAAUCUCGCACCCCGAUGUCGGACGCUAUUUCUCAGAGUUUACUGGUACCCACUACAUCCCCAACGCAGAGCUGGAGCUCCGCUACCCGGAGGAUCUGGAGUCUGUCUACGAAACGGUGCAGAACAUUUACAGUGCGAAGAAGGAGAACGCAGAGUAAAGGCCAGUAGAGGACAUUGUGCCUUUGCUGCUGCUGCUACUUCCAGGAGAACAGGACUCCAGGAGUCCCUGGGUCCCUUUGGACAUGACCACCAGGCAGCCACUUGGCCCGGAGUGCUGGUUGCCUCCCACCAGGUGAAGUGGCCCGUGCUCUCCUCAGCUGCAAAGACAAUGUCGCUCUCCGCUUCCACUAGUGAAUCCUUGGGAAGGCCUGUUCGGUGGCAUGGCUUGUCUGCUUGUCUGUGGUGACAGUCUGUGACGUUCUGUCUUCAUGAGGGCUCACAGUCGACACUCGUCUAAUUGUUCCUUAGCUCCCUCUCAUUAGUCUGUCUCGCACUUAUCUCGGACAUUUCAUUUGCUGGCAACGGGCUCAUAAGUUUGCAACGAUUCCUCCCUGAUUUCUCUGUGGCCCAGGCGCAGUCCUGAGUCAGGGUCAUUGGUCUUUUCAGCCUGAAUUUAGCUGCUUAUUCAGAGGUGAAGCUAAGUGAGCUUGGCAGCAUCUUGGAGAUGAGCAAUGUAGUGCUAAUCAGAAUCAUUUGCAUUUAUUUUUUCUAAUGUGUGAAACCGAUUUCAGGCA